CCAUGAAUAUCCACUAAUUUUAAAGAUCACGUUUCACAGCUACCAAGUAAAAUAGAACGAACUGCUACACAGUAUACGCGUUCUUUGGUUGACAAACAGAAAUCUUCCCUGCUCUAUAGGUAACGUGAGUUGUCUUAAGUCAAUAGAGUUUUCUGAAUCCUGAUUGAGAUUUUGUCGGGUUUAGUAGUCAAGUUGACUGUGAUAUUAGCUAGAGUUGGAGAGCUAUACUUAGUCCUAUCUGACUUGUCUCAAUCGCUGAUCUUCCAGAUUUUAAGGAAGGAAUAAAAUCCUGUGGUAACCACAAAGGAAUCAUUUUGACAAACUUAAUGUCUAAAAUACUGACCUUUAUAUUCAACCGGCACUGCUCGUGAAGAGGAAACUCGGGAAAGAUAGCUGGUUUCCAAACCUUGACUUGGACGUGUAGACCAAUUAUUCAUCCUUCGUCAGGCUUUAGACAAACAUACGAACUUCCAACGAUGGUAUUGUUUGUUGACCUUAGGGUGUCAUCCGAUUCCGUUGGCUGAUAGUUUUUAUGGCAGUGUUUGUUAUUGGAAGGUGUACCAAAGAAGCAAAUCAACCUUUUACAGGAUCGCUAUUCGAAUGCUAUUGAUUGAAUCAGAGUUUAUAGCGAGCAAUAACUUUGUUAACUUAAUGUAGUGUUCAUCAGGACCCUCCACUAUCCUCUUUUUUAAACUUUGAUGUGUUCGUGGGAGUCACAUUUUCUUUACCUAACUUUUCAGGGAACGAUCUAUCAGGAAAUUAUUUUUCUGACUUAGAAUACUCAAACAAAAAUUCUCUCUGGCAAAAAGAUAUAUAAAAUUCAGUCUUCUGAUCUUGAGAAACAACUCAAGAGUAUUUGGGAUCUGUUUCUCUCCCUUUAAAUGCAAAUUUUUACUUCAGGACUGAUCUACAUAAACGUCUAGGCUAAUGAUAGGGGAUAAACUAUUUUAGGACGUCGACCGUUGCGAUUAUCUUGGAAGUCUUAUCAAAUCUGGUGGGUUGGCGUUUUUCUUCGUCAUGUUAAGUAGUGACAACCCACUAAUAUCUUGAGCUCAAGAUAAUCAGGCAAUAUAAUUAACGCCUAUUAUUUACCCCUUAAAUCUAGGUGUAUGCAAUAUGACAUUGCGUAAGGACCAAUGCUCUUUAAUUGGGAUUUUUUAAGCUUUAUUACAGAGCAUCUUCUUGAUCAAGUUGCUAAUUAGCUAAAAUCUCUGGAAUGUAUUGUCCUACACAUGUUUUCGAUUGUUAAGAUAAUCUUUAGAUUUAUGGUUGAUAAUUCGAAAUCAUGUAGUGUGGCUUAGUGCUAACUGUUGACGAGAUUCUCUUCAAAAUUAUGAAAUUAGAUGGACGGUUAUUAAUAAAACUCAGUGAUCAGCUAUAUGCACAAAUGUCUAUGGUGUGGAUGUUUCGAGAUAAAUGAUAGUUGAAUGUAUACGUCCACCUCAUUUGUUUAGGUUUUGCAAGUACCUUGAUCGAUCUGUCAUUUUUCAAAAAUGUUUCGUCUUAUAUGUAUCAUAGUUAUUUAAUAUAUAGUUAUUAGCACGAUAUUCAGACAGUACUAUGCAUACGGUACAAAGUACUUUAUGUCUUUCUCAUCUCGAAAUCGUAACAAGGUUGGAGAAAAGCGCUUACCAGCGGUUCGCUUCACACAAGAAACUAAUUCUAGUAACAUAUUUAUGUUUAAUGACUUUUUCCACUCUUGUCUAUACCUGUCUAGAUGUUUCAGGUAAAUCAGGUGGUGUCAUAAGACGAACUAUUUCGUCUGUUGCUCAAUUUACUAAGAGCAUUUAGAUUACUACUACUUAGUCGAGAAUUUCUUAAGUCCAAGAGUGUUUAGUUAUUUUAGUGUCAUUGUGAUGUUACUUUUGUCCUAAAUCUUAGUAAAUUGUUUAUGAGAUUUUUUAAAAAUUUAGAUUUGAUGGAACGUAUUCGGCAAAUCGUCAGCCAACAGAAGUUACGUUGCUUAGAUGCAGUGAGAUAUGCAAAUUCAAUCAUGUAAGUUGUCAUAAUAUCCAAAAAUCAAUGAAAACACCAACGAUAUCUACCGGUGACUUUGUAACAGCUUAGGGUGAUUGGUUAAGAGUUGAUCUCAAACGACUAAGAAUAUGUCAAGACAAUAGAGUUCGAGUAUUCAUUCACUUCCUCAUUUUGUAUAGGCGUUAUAUUUCCUAUUAUCUUAUAUUGAAUGCCGAGAGGCUUUGUUUGUCUGAACAGGUAAUCUCACGCUCCACUGUGACUGCGCGAAGAUCUAAAUAAAGACUUAUUCACUACUAGUCUAAUUUCUUCUAUCAAUAGCACGAGGGCUACCUACAGGCACGAAAACUUAAAACAAAAGUUAGAGUAGUUUGAUAGCAACUACUGAAUUGAUAGAUGCUCGGAAACGUAUCCCAUCAGUCUCGGAACACAAUUAUGAACGAAACUAACCUAAAUAUUAACUGACAUCUAUGCAAUUUUCGUGAGCAUCGAUAGGCAGCAAAGGCAAAGGAGAUGGAAAUGAUAAGGACGAUAAAUGAUAAUCGACAGCUUGUCAGACUUAUCAAAGAAGCAGGUAUUAAGAAUUUAGGAGUUUUUAGAACUAUUUUGGAAAACGAUGGAACAAUGAUUCACUCUCAGGCCAGAAGGUUAGAACGAUGGGCGGAACACUUACAAGAACGAUAACUGGUUUCCAACUACCCUUCAUUCGCCCACUGUUACCAAACAACCUGUAUGAAAUGUUAACAUAGGUCAUCUUACACAAUAGAGUUGAAAAACCAUGGUCAAAUUAGAGUGACGGAAGUCAGAAGGUGGGUUAUCCCCGAAGAUCUUUAAGGAUAGUGGUCUAGUUUUAGCACAUACGUUGACUGAAGUUCGCUUGCCUACAUAAGAUAUCAUUAUGUUUGCGAAUUUAUGGAUAUCCCAUGAUGUAGACAAUUAGGUAGAUUCCUUCAGCAAGUCGUACACAAGAAUCGUCCUUUCCGGUUUAUGGUUUACACUUUUGCUCUUGCAACGUACUUUCGCAGAAUGAGGUUAAUUAUGGUUUACUCACCCAAAUAAUAAAUACAUUUUUUUAAUUUGCACAAAUAUCUGCAACUUGACACAGCCAGUUAUUCUGAAAGUUGUUCAAGCUACUGUUGCUAAAUCUAACAAGUUCACUUUUAUGUAACGUUUGUGACAUAACUAAUUAUUAUGUAGAAGAAUUGUAUCAAUAAUUUACUUUGUAUUCCUGUAAUCAAUUCAAGUAGGUUUCUUAUCAGUAGUCCUGGUUGAUUUACUUUUGUUCGUAUGUUCUCCGUAUUUUUGAAAUAUCCAUUCGCAUUUUUAAAGUUGCGGGUAGUCUGUCAGGUAAAUUAUACAGACUCAGCUUCCAUCUCAUCAAGUGCGUCGUGACCACGUUGUGCAUAGAUCUCUAGUCGAGCUAGCAUAUCUCAGACAAAUCUGGAUACCAAUUAAUAACUCAUUUUCGUAGUAAAAGGCCAAUUCACAAUCUCACGUUAUCAUAGUCACAUCCUAUAAUUUUUCUUUAAAACACAUAGCAUCUGAGUAUACGAUAUGCACAGUAAAACCGUUUACAAUCGUUUUAUCAAUUCUUAUGUUUAAUUAUUAAUCCUUGAUCAAGUCACCAGCGCGAAUUACCUUGCUGUCAUAAUAUUCUCAAUUCCUGUUAGGAAGCUUAAAAGACUGAAACUGAAUAUAUAGAUUUAAUUUUUGAGUGGAAUCUGAAUGAAACAUAUCUUUCCGUACAUGUUAAACUAUAAAGGCCAGUUGUUAUCUUGAAUAUGUCUUCAAUUUUGAAUUGUAAAUGUGGUUAUCCUUUAACUACAAGUUACAAGAAUAUUUUCUUUUGAAUCUGAUGAGAUUGGGAUUUGUUCUAAACGAAUGAAAAGCGUCAAAUUACAUCAAUUGUUAAGAAUAUUGGUAAUUCACAACUUGUCCCAUCAGUUUCCGAACACGACGAAGAGUGAAAACAAAUCAAAUCUAAGUUAACCGAAAGUCUACGGAACAAUCGCGAGCAGUGGUUGGCAACGAAAGCAAAAUAGAUGGAAAAUUGAGCGGCUGUAGGUAAUACAAGAUAGCUUUUCAAAGUAAUAAAAGAAACCGGAAUUAAGAAGUCAAGUGUAAGUGUUACGAUCUCGGAAAAAGACGACACUUAUCUGCUUCCAGUCCCAGAUGUUUAGAACGUGAGUUACUAGUAUUUGAUCACAUAUACUCCUAUUUGCUGGGAUCACCUGGUAAGUAAUAGUGAGGUUAGACACAUGGUAUUAGGGAAUGAUGGUAAAUCAAUUGAUGAGGUUGUAAAUCUUCACGGAUUGAGGUGGUUGGGCCACCGGCUACCACGUCGCGCAAUGCUGACUAGUGUUGCGGACGGCUGGAUGACAGUUAGGGACGGUCAAGCCAAAACGUAGCAUCAGUCUUUGUAGUCACUAAAUCAUGGUCUGAUCCAUGUUGAUAGGUUUAGACUACUUGGUUGGGGUCCGCUGGACUAUCGCAACCAAUGGUUGGAGAAUCCGGGUGACAUGGGUCACAAUUGAUCACAAUGGCGUAGGUGUAUACACUCUUCCAUUAAACUAUGAGAUUGAAAUUACUUUAUACCUUCCUUUCUACAAACUAAUUCUUUCUCCUCGUAUCAUAUCCUUAUAUUAGAUAUUUUUGUUUUACUACCUUUGAAGUGACUGAGGUGUGGCAACUUGGACCGAUGCAUAUGUAUGCCUGGUCCUACGUUGUGGCUGACUGACUUACUGGUAAUUCACAGAUAUUCUCGAUUUUCUGUCAUAUUUCUACUCACGUCUUCGGACCACCAUGUAAAUACAUUCGAAAUGUGUAUAGACCUGGUAAAGUUUUUAAGAUUUGACGGUUGCUCAAUAGCUUUAUUUGGGAACUAAGUUCUGACUGGUUUUCAUUUAUUCUUUUGAUUACGCAGGAGAUAAAUUGAACUCAUCUUCAAUCGCUGGAUAUUUGAAUGAUUUGAUGGAUGAUAAUCACGAUAAAACUGAAGUAUCUAGCAAAUCUGUCACGCGCAAAGUAGCUGAAACCACUGCUCCAUCUCCUUAUCCAGGGUUUUCUACUGUCAAUGGAGAUCAAAAGAAAAUAUCUACAAAUGAAACAUAUUUCAGCAUAUGUAGAUCUGAUGCGAAAGCCCAUAUUUUAAAACGUUUACAUGGUACAAGUCCAACAAAUCCGUGUGUUAGGCGCGUCUCUGCCAAAAAUAUACGUUCGCAACACGUUGACUCACAAAUCGAUACAAUUCCUAAUAAUGUACAUGCCUGGCGUCAGGGUAAAGAACUUAUUCAUAAAUAUCUUGGAACUUCAUCAGAGAGUAUUGAUAAACAUGCGGAUAAAGAAGAGCAAUCUCCGAAAUUAGAUCAUUCGAGCCCGUUGGGAUUUGAUGCAAUCAUUGGUAAGGAAAAUCCAAAAAUAAUAAAUGCAAACCAAAAUGAACCGAAUACAGUAAAUUCGGACAAAACAAGCAAACAGAUAGUGAAUGCGCCGCUUGUUGCUUCCAAGUCUGGUAAAGGUCUAUUUCAUCCAGUUAAGACAAAAAAUGCAGUAAACAAUUCUUCAGAUGCGCUAGGAUCUGUACAAAAAGAUAUUCAUGGCUAUCCUACCCCUAGAGCUCAUCUUAAGGCCCUGGUCCAACAACAAAGGGAAGCUCGAAAACAGGAGCAUAAACGGCAACUGGAAGCUGAAAAAAAGAAGCGUGAACAAAUACAACGAAAUCUACAAGCAACUGCACUAGCAGCUGCCGCUGCUGCGAAGUUACCUGUCACUGCAACCAAAAGAAUGUCCGAACUUUCUCCAGUUAUUCCUUUAUGCUUAUUUCAACCGGUCAAAGCACCUGUAUUGACGUUGGACUCUUAUUCUUCAGAACGAGAACAAAAACUGGAGGAGCUUCUUAGACGUGAGAUAUCAACACCAGAAAACCAGGUUGCUGAGAUUAUUCCUCCUACGUCUUCCGACCGUGAUUCCACCAAUUCUUCUUAUCGAGAUUUUAUCGAAACUUUCAAAGUUAGAUCUAGUUCGACGAACUCCCAUGUAACUAAUCCCGUCCCAACUAGUGAAUCCAGCAUGAAACGAAAUCGAAUGACUGCUGUAAAUAAAUAUGAAGAUAUUAACAUUUCUAGACCACCAAAAUGUGGCAAGCUGAAUAAUAGUUAUAGCCGUUCAAUACAGACGAAUAGCUGUAAACAAAUGUUUAAUUCUAUUCCUCCAAGCACUGCUCCACCAAAAAACUAUUUGAAUGAGAAAUCAUCGCAUAUGAAAAACUUGCAAGUCGAAACAGUCUCAUUAUCACCGACUAAGCAUAAGUUUUGUUCAGCUGGCUCUCAUACUACUCGUUUUUAUGAAUCUGAAUUACCAAAAAGGUCUCUUCAUCAAGAUACGGAAUUUCAGGUUCCCGUUCCUUUUGCAGGAAAUGUGUCAACACGUCCGAGAACCGGUGUGAAUGUUACUCGUUGUCCUGAAGCACUACAAAAACGUUUAUUUCCCUCGAAAGAACGUACUGUCCCAUAUGCAAAUAAAUCAAAGACUAUCUGUGAUCAGGUUACGGAAGCUGCGCGUCUCGAUAUAAAACUGAGCGCACAACGUGUAAAGCACAUGCUUUUUGUUGAUUCUGACGAUGAUGAUAAUGAUGAUAAUUCUGAUGAGGAUCAAUGUUUUUAUACAGAUGAUGGGGUUAAUUCCUCAGUCUCUUCGUAUGAAACAAUUCAAAAGCCAACUGUAAGUAUUUGGAGACGUUUAGAAGCUGUAGGGGCUAGUGAUUCGGAGUUAGAAGAGAAUAAUGUUUGUAUCGUUGAAGAUAUCAAGGAUGAAAAACCUGUGAUUGUGGAUAAUGUAUCUCAGCAUUGCUCAACUUCUUGGAAGUAUAAUGCCAACAUGAACCAUUUUCUUCAUUCUGGCUUGAAUAAUUUUAUGGGAGACAUUCGUGCUAAGAAUGAAUUUCGAAAUCUCAUUUAUAGUGAUCCUUUACGUUUCGCUUCUGUACACAAACGCCAACAAAAGCUAUUUCUUAGAGUAGGAAAGAAACCUUUCAAAUCUUUGGGACCACAAGUAAACAGUAUAGAAAAGGUAGAAGUUCACGAAAAGAAUACAACAAAUGGAGAUAGUUCACUUCAUUCUCGAGAGAAGAUUGAUAAAGAAUCACUAGUUGUCAAAUCGAAUACUCCCAGUAAUACCAACAUUCAAGCAGUUAAUGUGGAAUGUACAGACUCAGGAGAUCAGAGUUCAUUAUCACAUACUGCUUGUUCCAUCAGGACGAAAGCACAGGAGUUAUUUAUAACAGAAGAUAAAUCCGAUUCCCAGGCACUCCCUACGAAUCAUCAAAAGACUAAUAAUUUUAUAAAUAAAACUAUAAACUCUUCUCAACUGAGGCUAACACCCGCUGCACUUAAUCUCCAGUUAGCCGCUGAAAUGAAUUAUCUUGAAACACUCUCUGGUUCGAUGCAGCAUAUUGCUGAUAUGGAGUCUCUUCGUCAGAUUACCGCUGCUCAAACCGAAUGUGUUAGCCUAGCACAGUUGCUUAAGGCUCGUGAAUUGCAGUUAUCAUCGAAAAUUGGUGAUCAGAUGUUGGAGAAAGAAACACAAGGUGCAUUUGUUAACCCUAAUGAACCAGGUCGUCUGAUUUCUGGAGUACAUUCACCACAGUUUGAAAGCGUAUUAAAAGCUGCUGAAGAAUUUGAUAAGAUCGAACGUCGUCUUAGUGUAAGAACUUCACACUUGGAUGCGAUUUCCUCCUGUUCUACCGAAUCACCAUCUGUCGACUCAAAUAUUACAAAUGAAGCAAAUGUUCAUAAGUCUUUAAAUGGAUCCAUUUCAGAAUCCAGUGCAAACAAACAACGGUUUUCCACAGGAAGCGAUAAAACACUUUCAAAUGAUAACGUCAUUAAAUCGAUUUCAGGAGGUGUUGUAACGGCUUCUGAUUCAUCUAAUGAACCUUAUCAUCCUAUCCCUACUGGCACUACUGUUGCUUCUAUGACUACAACUGACAAAGUUUCUGAAUCAGGAAGAUUGACUGUCAUGCCAUCAUCAUCAUCAUCGCCUAAAUUAAAUAAUCCCAUUAAUGUUAAAGAAAAGUUAGAAAAAAAGAAGAAAAUGUCAGUGGAUUUUAGUGAGGACGAUGAAUCUAUGAAGUCAUAUGGUAAAGUUACCAAUGAAGAACUUCAGAAAAAAUCAAAUGAUCAAGUGCUAACUAAACGGAAAAAGUUAAAACGAUAUUCGCGAGAUGAAAAACCACAUAUGCAAUCGACAGAUAUUCCUAUGUUAAAUCUAUGCGCCAUCAUGUCGCAUAAUAGCUCUCGUCAAAGUGAAAGGAAUCAAAAAUUCAAUCAAGUGAAAUAUGCUUUGAAUAAGCGUGUAGCGGCUUUACAAUCUAGGCGUAAGAAAGCUGAAGAGCUUUUAGCGCUUUCUAAAAAUAUUGAACUCGAAGAGGUCGAAGUUGUUCGUUUAGAACGUGAAGCCUUGAACGCUAUCCAAAGUAAACGUUUAGCUUUGCAUGAAAAUCGGUCCCAGUUAUCAAACGAUAAUGAAUCGAAAAAAUAUUCAACAUCUAGUCAUUGGUCGAAGAAUAGUGGCUCUAAACAUUGGAGAUCGAAUUCUCACUCACCGGUUUGUCAACGUUCCAAUUAUUCGCAAUAUAGUGAUGAACUUGGUUUAGAAGAGCCUGGUGAUGACAAAACUAAUUCUGAGCGAUUUCCUACAGCUUCAUUGGGCAGAAGUUCUAGCUUGUUAAAAUGCGAUAGAACCAACUCCAAUACUGCUUCUGAAUGCUCCACUGCUCGGACAGUGUCUACUGCUACAGAUUUAAAAUAUUGCAAGUCCGACUCGGAUUCAAACCGAUCAGUUUCACAUUCUGAGAAGCAUCAUUCCAAUAAUUAUAAAUUAAUACCAAAUCGAUGCAAUGAGAAGUGUGCAUCAAAUUUAUUAAGCACUGAAAAUGAUGAUAAUGUUAGUCGAGUUUCCAAAGUUUCAAAUUGUUUUCCAAAAUUUGAUAUUGGAGUUGAAACUACACCAUCCUUACGUAAUUUGUUAACCUGCGAAGUCGCUACACCAUCACUAGAUCGUACUAUGACUCCGACCUCUAGACACGUACGUCAGCGUUCAAAUUCUCAUGAUUCUGGUCGUCGAAGACGUGUCACUGUCCUUAAUUCAGUCGAUUCAAUGGAUGAGGAUGGUCGAUUGUUUGGCGUUGGAGAUGAUGAACCAUUUUCUACAGUAUCGGCCAAUUCACAUUCCGAUCUCAGUGAAUUAGAAUCACGAAUUCAAGCUCUGAAUUCCAAUCUAAAAAAACAGGAAAGCAUUUUAUGUCGCAUCAAUGUAGAAUAUAAACGUGUUCAUAAAGAUCGCCUAGCAAGAUUAGAAUCCACUUUGCUGAAACAUAGACAGCUUUGUACUGAAAUCAUUGCCAAUAUCAAAGCUGAUUUAGAUGCUUGCAGAGCAUCUGUAUGUACAGAGGCUAAUGAUUCUCAUUCGAAAUCUAUGAAGAAAAUAAUCGAUACAGAUAACAUUUCUUAUAUAUCACCAUCAAAAUCUUUGAAUAAAACAACACUUGACAAUUUUAACGAUAACAGUAUCUCUUGUGCAUCGUCGAAACAUAUUGAUAAAUUAGCUUUAUCCAGUCACAUUCUCACUAGUAAGCACUCAACAAACGAUGAUGAAACUGAACCGGACACAUUAAUUUCAGUGGCUGAAGAAUUAGUAUCACCACAGGAUACUGAUGAUGAAUUGAAGCAGCUCGAUUUAGAUGAUGAUAUUGACCGUAGUACACCAGUUGCCGAACAUUCUCCCAAUUCAACGAACAAAAAUACCACAUAUUUAUCCAAUGCUGACGUCAGUGCUGUGGAAUCUAAGCAAACAAUUAGUUCUGAAGUGUCGAAAAAUAAGCGUUGUUUGUCUCCUUCAGUUCAUACAGAGUCGUCAUAUUAUACAGAUUUUCAACCGAGCUCUGAAGAUAACAAUUCUAAAUCACUAAAUACUCAAGAUAUUUUGCAUAAAAAGGAGAUUGAAAAGGAAUCCAAUAACACGUCAAUGAAGUUUAUAAUUAACUCAACUGACAAAACGUUAACGGGACAAGUGAAUCAAACAGACAAUGUGUUUUCUAAUCAGUUAGCUCCCAAAAUUUUUACUAACGAAUGUCCAACUGUCCUUGGUGUCACUUUUGCAGACAAUGAAUUUGAAUCAAAUGAUAUCUCAUCUACAUCUCCAUUCACUACAGUUGCUGAAGCUAAUUGUGCUACUGACGGAAAGGUUUCGACUGUAACCACUGAGGAUUUCAACAACAUGGUAGUAUCCACUGAUAUUUCAGUUCCAUCUGGGAAGACUAGCUUGCUUAAAGUCGCUACAGAUCAUCGACAAAGAGAAGAAUUAGUUGAUCAAAUUACCACUGAAUUGCUAAACCAACUUGUCUCUGAAGCUAUCGAGUCUACGUUGAAUGUUCGAAAAUCCAACUUUCAGGUUAAAUCUCCUGAAGAUUCGGAAAGUGAGGACGAUGAGGAUGACUUGUUAGACGAUGAAUUUCAUCAGGGAUCUUCAGAAUCUCAAUCCUCUUCGGAAGAGUCUGUGCCUUUAUUAGAUCUAGGAUUAAAAGCACGUGAAGAUUAUGAAGAAAAGAGUCCUGAAACAGUUAAAUCUAAAUUCUGUGUUACUCCAGAACCGUCAUAUACCGUAGAUAAUAUUAAAGGGCUAUUUGCUGAUACACCAGACAGAACACAGCCAUUGAUUCGUCUUGCUGUCAAACAUUUUUGGGAUGCCAAGUUGAAUUCAAAGAGUGAAUGCGAAGUUGUCCUAUUGAAAGCUUCUAAUAAUCCUCCACCGGAAUUCUCGCUUGAUUAUUAUGACGAAGCAGAUCUCGAAUUGUUCAGAACUCAAUCAAAUGUGAAAUUUAUAAGUCGUGCUUUAUUGUUUGAUUUGAUAAAUGAAAUUAUACAAAAGAUUUAUGUUGGUGAGAAUAAUGACGUUGAAUUACAAGAAAGGACAGUUAACUCAUCUGAAUCGAAAACGUUGCAUCGCGUUUCAAGUGCUCAGUUUCGGCUUUGGCGUGGUCCUUGUCCACCAACCACUUACAAUCGUCUAUUGACUAUUGUUCAAUCUGAAGUUUGUCGAGAAUUGAAUCUUAGAAUAGAAUCUAAAUCAGAAAUGCUUAAUCACGGUGGUAAUAAAACAAAAUAUUCUGGUUUAAAUGAAGUGAUACCGUCUGGUGUACGUUUAUCUCGUUUAGUGCAAUGGACAUUAGCCAAAAAAUCAUGGUUAGAUCGUGUAUUAGACCUGGAAUUACGUGCAGAUGAACCAAGUUGGUUAUCGUAUGUACCAGAAGAACGUGAGAUUAAAAUGAAAUUAGCUCAUGAACUAUGGGAGGAUAUACUAGACGAUGCUUUGAACUCUGUUCUAGCCUCAAAUGCUUGCCAUUUGUCAAAGUAAUUUAUACAAGAUCAUUCUGUAAUUUGAUUUUUCCUAAUAUCUAGAAUACCAAUCUGAAACUACUGUGAUAUAUUUUUUUAAUGAUCGAAUGCUUUUAUACAAAAAUGUAACCAUCAAAUGUGUAGAAAAGAGGAAAUAUUGUUUGUAUCUCAGAUCUCACCUUAUGUUGUUCCCACUUCCUCUCAAGCAUAUCACUUAUCCGUAAACCGAAUAGAACAGCGACAAUCAUAUACGAAUAAUUUAUAUUCUAUUAGCUUUUGUACAUAUAUAUACAUAUUCUUCCGCAUGUUUUUUCUCUUUUCCUACCCACUACCAAUAUGUUUAAUUUCAUUGUUACAAUAUGAAAAAUACAAAUGAAAUGCUUAUUGUAUAUUAUUUGAUUUAACAUGCGUACUCCUAUCGCUGUUAUAUAUAUCUAAUAUGCCUAAAUAACCUAGUGCAUUUGAUUUGUUCUGCAUCUAACAUCGUUCUCCCUGUCCUCCCGCUAUUUCUACUGUAUGAGAUUAAUGUUGACUAGAUUUUUCUUUCAUAUUUUUUUUCGAUUUUUUUCUUCGAAUAGAAAUGUUACAAUCAUGUGUACUUUGUAAUAGUUGCAUGUCAAUGCCUAUUUGUGUUUACCCGUUUCUCUCAUCCCUUGUUUGUUUGUUUGUUUUUUUCCCUGUAUUCCUUAAAAGCCUAUUAAAAAUCAAACGAUUCAUGUUUUCUAUUUAUUCAAUUUGUUUAUAAAUCAAUGUACUAUUCUCUCUAAUAUUGCAAAUAAUUUUCUUUAUCGUAAGAUACAAUAAUGUAUAAUAGCGAUAAUUCACUAUCAUAUAAUUAGCAUAAAAAUAUUUAUUCUUUUCUAAUGAAUGAUUACUCAAAUCACACCUUACUUAAAUCACUUAAUUCAGUAAGCAUGUACACUUAUGCAAAUAUAAGGUAUUAUAGAUACAAUAAAUGUUAAGUAAGAAUUACAAUUGAGUAGAUAAUAGAGUACUUUUAUUUUUGUUGUUGUUGAUGCUUAUCAGAUUUUUAUCCUGUUUAAUUGUUGUAAAUGACCCUUGAAAUCUCUACAAUGUAUAAAACGUGUUCUCUUAUUUAUUUAACCCAAGUUUUCUGAUUCGAAAAUCUUGAAUUUUUAUUCCGUAAGAAUAUUAUCAUUCACGUAC